CUGUCUUCCCUGUGCUUCAGAUUCUGCAAAAAAAUGAGGGAAUGGUCGUGGGGUUUUCUUUUUAUUGCUCUUGCUUUCGCUUCAAGCAUUGCCGCGGAGCGCAACCCUCGGACCGAGAGAAUUUCUGGAAGUGCUGGUGAUGUCUUGGAAGAUGAUCCUGUAGGAAAGUUAAAAGUUUACGUAUACGAGCUUCCGAGCAAAUACAACAAGAAAAUCCUUCAGAAAGAUCCUAGAUGUCUUUCGCACAUGUUUGCUGCUGAGAUUUACAUGCACAGGUUUCUUUUAUCCAGUCCUGUUCGAACUCUAAAUCCAGAGGAAGCUGAUUGGUUUUAUAUCCCUAUCUACGCCACUUGUGAUCUUACACCUACAGGCUUGCCAUUGCCCUUCAAGUCCCCACGGAUGGUGAGAAGUGCAGUUCAGCUUAUUUCCUCUAGCUGGCCUUACUGGAAUCGAACCGAGGGUGCCGACCAUUUCUUUGUCGUGCCGCAUGAUUUCGGACCAUGCUUUCAUUAUCAGGAAGAAAAAGCUAUCGAGCGGGGGAUCCUUCCUAUUCUCCAGCGUGCUACCUUGGUUCAGACUUUCGGACAACGGAACCAUGUGUGCUUGAACGACGGUUCGAUCACGAUUCCUCCUUAUGCUCCCCCUCAAAAGAUGCAGGCCCGCAAGAUUCCGCUCGAUACUCCUCGAUCUAUCUUUGUUUACUUUCGCGGAUUGUUUUAUGAUGUGAAUAAUGAUCCAGAAGGUGGCUACUAUGCAAGAGGCGCACGGGCAGCUGUUUGGGAGAAUUUUAAGAACAAUCCACUUUUCGACAUCUCCACCGAACAUCCGACGACUUACUACGAGGAUAUGCAACGAGCUGUAUUCUGCUUGUGCCCACUAGGGUGGGCACCCUGGAGUCCGAGGCUGGUCGAAGCUGUGGUAUUUGGCUGCAUUCCUGUUAUCAUAGCUGAUGAUAUAGUUUUACCCUUCGCUGAUGCUAUCCCCUGGGAGGAAAUCGGAGUGUUUGUUGCAGAAGAAGAUGUUCCCAAGUUGGAUACGAUUCUCACGUCAAUACCGCCGGAAGUAAUUUUAAGGAAACAGAGGCUUCUCGCUAAUCCAUCCAUGAAACGGGCCAUGUUGUUCCCACAACCUGCACUGCCGGGUGAUGCUUUCCAUCAAAUACUGAACGGCCUAGCUCGGAAAUUGCCGCAUCAGAAGAGUAUCUACUUGAAGCCAGGUGAAAAGAUUUUGAACUGGACAGCAGGACCGGUGGGGGACUUAAAACCUUGGUGAUGCAACUGUUCUUUGACAUUCAUUGUUUCACCAAACCACCUCAUUGCCUUUUACUGAAUUCUGAAAUUUUCUGAAGUUUUGUAUAGAAGCUUACAUAAUGGAAAUACAUAUCUGGAUAUAUAUACAUUUA